AUGAGUGAGCUCUUCCAGGCCGGUCUCUUCAGCGGCACCGUUGAGGAAUUUGCCCAGCAUUUCCCAGCAGCACAGAAGCAGACAGAAGCGAUCAAACGCAUUCUGCACCACCAGGGUCUGCUCCUCCUCCUGCCCAUUGCUAAGGGUUUCCUCCUGCAGCGUCUACAUCAUCACAGGAAGACUAUCACGCUAUGCCUCCUGGGUUGGGCCCUUGCGUUCCACCUCACUGCCCCUCCGCAUGAGGUUGGGAACUUACAGCCCGUAAUCAGUGGAGUGGAUGAGACUCAUGUGUUCAACAGUUCUGGUGAAAAUGUCCGUGUCUGUCCUGUAAUAAUGCUCUUUCCUGACUGUAAAUCAACUACAUGGACCUACAGUAACAGAUCCACACAUUCAACAGUUGAACUGAUUAAUGGAGGGAUAAAGAAGAAAGACACAGAGAGACAUGAGAGACUGAGUCUGGGGUCUGACUGCUCUCUGAACAUCAACAAAGUCAAAAAAAAAAAAGAUUAUGGAUUUUACAGCUGCCAACAAUUUGUGAAUGGACAAAAACAAGGAACUGAUGCUUAUGUUUAUCUGCAUGUUCUUCAUGUUUCAGUGUCUCCAUCAUCAUCAUCAUUCAUCUUCAUCAUCUCACAGACUGAGAUCAGUCCAGGACUUCAUCUGUUGUGGGUGAAUCAGGCUGGUGUUGAUCUGAAGACAGACUCCAGAUAUCAGAUAUUAUUCUCAUCAGGUCACUGUAUCAUCACUCUGACUACAACACUCCUGAAUGAAGAUGACAACAGAGAGUGGAGAUGUCAGCUUACUCUCAGAAAUCAACUCCAGACCUCAGUCAGAUACACUGUCAAGUAUUCAGUCAGCAGCUCAAACUCUGAGAAGAAAUCAAGCCAAACUACAGCAGCAGCUCCUACACAAGUUGUACCAUCAACUACAGCAUCAACACUGACUCCAACCUCUCUAGUGAUUGUGAUUGUUGUCGCUUCAUUCGCUGUUCUCCUUCCUGCUCUUAUUCUCUGGAUGAUUCGCAGAAAAAGAGACGAUAACAGAAGAGGAACUGAUGACUCUGAGGAUCAUCAAACACGACCUGUCUAUCCAACAGGACAGAACACUCUUCCUCAACAGGAGCAGACAGAUGAUCAUGUGACUUAUUCUGAGGUCACUGCGUACAGUAAAAACCAAGAGCAAAAGGAGAAGGUUCGCUGUGAUGAUAAAGUGACUUAUGCUUCCAUCAGAGGAGCAAAAGCUGGAUCUCAGGAAAACUGCAGUGAACUUUAUGCCUCUGUGAACAAGAACCAUCACAAAUCAGUCAAAUAAUGACACAAAAACCACAUGAGCAGAAGAAUAUGAAUCUAAUAGAACUGAGUCCUAAUGGUGUCAUUCAGUGCCAUUAUAAAUACUUUCAAUGUCUUUUACAUGUUCACAAACAAACCCAAGUGAUGCUCUGA